GUUCGAGGAGAGAGAGAGAGAGAGAGAGAGAGAAAGAAGGGGGGGAGGGACACGACGCAUCGGAGAGAGCGAGGACGCACCGUGGCUUCACUUUCCAAUGUGCGACCUGCGAGACGCCACGCCGUCAGCUACUUGUGCUACUGACACCGAGAGAGACACAGAGAGGCAGGCAUGGACAUACAGUAGUGGUGACGCCCCACAGAACAGCACAGCAGCCGCUCGUGAAUGAAUGUGCGGUGCACAAAAAAAGCAUCUUUGCGCACAAGUCAGACGGAUAUAUUUGACCGGGAGUGUCGACAGUGAUGUCUGUGUGCAGAAUUUUGUUUAGUGACAAAAUACGGAUUAAUCUGAAGCAGUGAAUUCCUCGGAGAUAUUACUGCUGCGAGGACAGAUUGGGAAACCAGACAGGUGCAAAUCGGAUUCCAUACGUUUGUGAUUGGAUGUGAGACUACUUUAACCCUACAGAAUUGAAGAUGAUGUUGCUAUGGAAACUGCUGGUGCUGCAGUCACUUAUGGGGUGCCUUGCUGAAAGCAGUAUCCUGCAGAGUCCUGUCUUCACCAAGCAGCCUGGCAGCAUUGUGUACCCUGUUGAGACCGUGGAGAAGAACAGGGAGGUGGUGUUCAGCUGUGAAGCCCAGGGAAGCCCGCUUCUCAUCUACCAGUGGAAACUAAAUAGCACCGAAAUCAAUCCGAGAUCUGGAUCUCGCUACAGCCUUUCUGGAGGCAACCUCAGAAUCAGCCAUCCGAACAAAGACCAAGAUGCUGGAACGUAUCAGUGCCUCGCCUCCAGCUCUUUCGGGACCAUCGUCAGCCGAGAGGCCAGUUUAACCUUUGCAUACUUGGAAAACUUCAAGACUCACAGAAGAAGCUCUGUAUCAGUCCGUGAAGGUCAAGGAGUGGUUCUGCUGUGUGGGCCCCCGCCGCAUUCCGGAGAUCUGAUGUUUUCCUGGAUUUUUAAUGAGUACCCGACAUUUGUGAAGCAGGAUACUCGCCGCUUCAUCUCACAGGAGACAGGGAAUCUGUACAUUGCCAAAGUGGAGCCAUCAGAUGUUGGCAACUACACCUGUGUUGUGACCAACACUGUCACAAAGACGCGAGUCCAGGGCCCACCCACUCCACUAGUGCUCCGCAGCGACGGUGUGAUGGGUGAAUACGAGCCAAAGAUUGAAGUUCAGUUUCCAGAGGUUGUACAUGUUGCCAAAGGAUCCACUGUAAAGCUGGAAUGCUUCGCUCUGGGAAAUCCUGUACCUUCUAUAAACUGGAAAAGAGCAGAUGGAGUGCCCUUCCCCAGGAAAGUGGACAUGAGGAAAUCCAGCGAUGUUCUGGAAAUCCCAUAUUUCCAGCAGGAGGAUGCUGGCACAUAUGAGUGUGUGGCCGAGAAUUCCAGGGGAAUGAACACAGUAAAAGGAAAGCUCUCUUUCUACGCCCCUCCUCAUCUCACUGAGAAACCCCAAGAUGUGCAGAAACUCAUUGACGAUUCCCUGGUGUGGGAGUGUAAAGCCACAGGGAAGCCAAAACCAUCUUACAGGUGGAUGAAAAAUGGGGAGAACCUGGAGUCUGCUGAGGAGCGCAUACAGGUUGCCAAUGGGGUAUUGUCAAUCAGUCGCCUGACCCUGUCCGACACAGGAAUGUACCAGUGUGUGGCUGGGAAUAAGCACGGCAAGGUCUACUCCAAUGCAGAGCUCCGAGUUAUAGCUGUUGCCCCGGAUUUCUCUCACAAUCAACUGAGGAGCCAGACGCUGGUGAAGGUAGGAGGAGAUGCGCUCAUCGAGUGCAAGCCCAAGAUGUCUCCUUGGGGUGUGAUCUCUUGGAGGAAGGGCAGCGAGCCACUCCGAGAAACUAACAGAGUUUCCAUCCUGGACAACGGUAACCUUCGGAUAUGGAAUGCAACCAAAUCAGAUGCAGGCCUCUACACGUGUGUGGCAAGAAACCAGUUUGGUGUGGCUAGCAGCACAGGAAGCAUCACAGUUAAAGAGCCGACCAUCAUCACCAGCCUGCCAUCUACGCUGGAUGUCACCGUGGGAGAGAGUGUGGUCCUGCCCUGUCAAGUCAGCCAUGACCCAUCUCUGGAGCUCAAGUUCACCUGGUUUUUCAAUGAGCAGCUCAUCCAUUUUGGGAGCCAGGGUGGAUUUUUUGAGAAAGUAGGAGGUCAGCAUUCGGCAGGAGACAUUAUGAUCCGAAACAUCCAGCUGAGACAUGCGGGGAAAUAUACGUGUGCCGUGCAAACAAAGGUGGACAGCAUCUCUAUUGCUGUUGACUUGGUUGUCAGAGGUCCCCCAGGGCCCCCCACCAGCAUCCAUGUAGAAGAAGUGACUGAUACCACAGCCUCUCUGUCCUGGAGGCCUGGUCCUGAUAAUCACAGUCCAAUUACAGCAUACACCAUCCAGGCCAGGACACCAUUUUCCCUGGGGUGGCAGGCUGUCACCACAGUUCCUGAGGUGGUGGGGGGCCACCGGCUGACAGCUACAGUAAUAGACUUGAGCCCUUGGGUGGAGUAUGAAUUUCGAGUCCUGGCAAGCAACACCAUCGGUACUGGCGAGCCCAGCAAGCCAUCUAAACAAGCAAGGACAAAGGGAACCUCUCCAAAGGUCACACCAGCUAACGUGAGUGGAGGCGGUGGUAGUCGCUCCGAAUUAGUCAUCACAUGGGAGCCUGUUCCAGAAGAACUGCAGAAUGGACCGGGGUUCGGCUAUGUCGUGGCUUUUCGUCCCCAUGGUGCCACGGGCUGGAUGCAAGCUGCUGUACCAUCAGCUGAAGCAUCCAGAUAUGUCUUUAAGAAUGAGAGCAUCCAGCCCUUCUCACCUUUUCAUGUGAAGGUUGGAGUUUACAACAAUGAAGGGGAAGGACCAUUUGGCCCUGUUACUACUAUCUACUCUGCUGAAGAAGAGCCUGGCCGAGCGCCCACCAGGGUCCGUGCCAAGAGCCUCUCUGCAUCCGAGAUUGACGUUUCAUGGAAAGCUCUGCCCUGGAAUGCCAGCAAGAAAAGAGUUCUGGGGUAUGAGCUGAGGUACUGGAGUAGAAGUGAAAAGGAAGACACGGCCAGCUUGCAAAGGACGGUAGGGAAUCAAACGUCUACUAUUAUCAGUGGGGUGAAAGGCAGCACCACAUAUUAUAUCUCACUGAGGGCAUAUAACACUGCUGGAACUGGGCCUCCCAGCACCACUGUCAACGUUACCACCAAAAAACCACCACCCAGUCAGCCACCAGUUAAAGUGAUGUGGAACACAUCAAACUCCAAGAUUAUUCUGAACUGGGAACAGGUCAAAGCCCUGGACAAUGAGUCAGAGGUCACUGGUUACAAAGUGCUGUACAAGAAGAAUCGACACAGCCGCCCCAACGUCAUGGAAACCAACACCACAUCUGUGGAGCUCGCCCUGCCCACUGAUGAGGAUUAUAUCAUCCAAAUAAAGCCGUUUGGAGAGGGAGGGGAAGGUAGCAGUAGCAGGCAGAUCACCAUCCCUAAGAUACCAGGCCCAAACGCAGUCGGCUCAGCAUCCAAGGUCUCAACUCUAUCAGCUCUCAGUACAAUAGCACUGUCUUUCACAGCGCGGACAUCUUUAUGACAAACAGUUCCCAGCAGACAUUGCAUCUGAUUUGGAGACAGAUCUAUGGCAAAACGCAAACACAGCCCACUCUGGUGUAACUACAUCCAUUCAUUUAGAUUUUUAGAGGCAGAAGGAAGACACUGACAAAAAGAAAUAAAAAAUACCCCAUUGAGAUGACAGGGAAGGAGUCUCUUUCAGAACCCAAGUAAAGGAGAGUGACCGAUGUCGUGACUAUGUUGUUACCAAAGCAGCUUUCAUAAGAAAAAAUUAAAAAGAAAAAUGUCUUAUAUGCAUCUUUUUGUAUGACAUGUUGGGCUUUUGUAGACUUUGUUCUUUUAAUCAAUUUGAAGUCAGUCUGGGCUUAUUGGGACAAGGACAAUGAAGUGCAUGGCAAACAACAUCAUCAAAUUUUCCAGUCUGGAGCUUAAGAACAUGAUUUGACAGUGCACCGUUUAUGUUCCAAAAUAAAAUAAGACUUUGGUUGUAAAAAGACCAAAGUGAAUGAAACAAUUUAUUGUUAGAUCUCUGCAUUGUUAUUUCUGCAAUAUUUUAAAAAUAUUUCCCUCAAGGACUGCACUGACAUGUUGGGUGUUUGUCAUUACUGGUCAUCAUAUCAAGUGCAUGAAGGGAGGAUUAGCAUAUAAAAUCAUGUCUCAAGACAGCACAUGCUAAUGCUUCACAUUUUACUAAAGUGUUAAUAUAGGCAAAUUUGUUGAUUGUAAGUGGAUUUGAGUAAUUAAAUUUUGUUAUAUGUGUCAUGAAUCUGCAGAAAAUAAGACUAUCUUAACUUCAAGUUGGCAUCUUAUACGAGACAAUGCUAACUGGUGCUAAUUACAAAAAGGAUAGAUUUGAAUUUUUGUCCAAAUACUCACAUACCAUAAGUACACUGAAAGAGCAGAUUGUAGUUCAGCCAAACUGUGUGAGAUGGGGGACAAAAUCCACAGGCCUUGUUCUGUGCAAAAAGCCCACUUAAAGUUGAGCUAAAGCUAGCAUGAGGUUUUCUAAAUCAAGUGGCUUUCUUACAAAGUUCCAUUGUUUUUCUCACAAAACCUCUCUGUGUUUCUUAAAUAAUUCUUCUUGCUGAGUUGCGGGAGAACGAUAGGUCCUGGCUGUCCCAUGUAGAUUUGUUGCUAGGAUAGCACAUCAACUACAAACCUGCUGUACACAUUACUACCCAAACAAAGAUACCCACUUGAUUCUGUUAACUGAAGAUUGCUGAAUAAUACUGGGAAGACUGCACUUCAUUAUAAUUGCACUUGAAAGGGAUUGCUCCACAGCCAGUCUGGACAAAUGGGAGGAUUGUAGCGACCGGUAAUUUUUUUCCUCAUACUUAUGACAUGUGAGAAAAAUAUGCUGAAUGCUUAACACAUCAGCAUGCAUUGUUUUUGGUACCAGUCCUCUUGGGUAAAUUGACCAAGAACUCCUAAAUAUUUGAUGAAGUCACUGAAGUAAUCCAUGUGGUAGUUAUUGAUCGUGUACCAGAAUUAGCACCAUGCUGUUAUUGGAGAACAUUUUACCUGGCUUUCUCUACCAUGGCCACUGACCUGCACUGGUGACCAGACCCUUGUGGCUGUCUCAUGUUCCCCGUUCUUUCAGUUAGCCCUGUGUCUAGAGCUAUUCUUUGCCUUCUGUGUGCCUCAUCAUAUGUUCAAAAUCCUCAGGUCCUUAAAGAGCCUUAACUUAUCAUAUGUAUAUCAAAAACAAUAGAAACAGAACUAUAAAGCAGCUGCGGUGAUGUUUACAUGCUGCUGUGUCGAUAGAUGUCGUAUGUGGUCGGGAUCGAGGUGGGGGGCAGCAUCCUUGGUCCUAUAUGCUGAGGUUACUGAGGUUAGUUUGAAUGGCAUUCUGCUGUUUCGCAUGGGAUACUGGCAAUAUAUGAGGCCUGGUGCAUUUUUGUAGGUGUGUAUUCUUAAUAAAAGACAAUGCUGCUGAUCUUUUCCUUUUCUCAUAGUCUCCUGAGGCCAUGUGGGACUGCUGUGCUGCAGAGGUACAGUGCAGUCUGUAUGUAGCUUGUAAUCCAGUUACCUGUAAGUAGUUUGUAGUACUUUGAAGGGAAGUGUACUGUAGGCUACUGGGUCUUGCUCAGAAUCAUGCAUCAAGAAAUGUGUAAUAUACUGUUUUGUACACUUCAAAUCAUUUAUAUAAAAGAACCUUUCUAAAGAGAUGAUUUACUUGGUUUUUAUGUAAUAACUCUGUUUCAUACUGUAGCUAGCUGUUGCUCAGCAUGACUGUACUUUGUCCUCUCUCUUCUGUCCAUCUGCAAACCGACUGAAUGGCUUUAGGAACAUGCAAGGUUCAUCCAUCUGAUAGGUUUGUGUAUACUGUACAGUAUGUGUACCAUGACAGGCCCAUGUCUAUGCUUCUGCCUCAGUCAGCCCCUCUGAGAUGUACUGGUCCACUGUCCAUAUACGCUCCACAUGAGGGUUUCUUUGGUUGCUGUUUGUUGUUUAU